CCUUGUUUGUGUGGUGCCGCCGCCGCCGGUGCAGCCGCCGCCGCCGCUGCUGCCCCUGUCUGUACCGCAGUGUCUGCUCCGCCCGCCCGCCCUCCCCGACCCGGCCCGCCCCCUCCCCCACCCCCGCUCCCGGACCCGCCAGUGGGGUCUGGAUCCCACUGUGCCGUCGCCGCCUCCUUUUUCGACGCCUUCACGGCCGCCUGAGGAAGCGACCUGGUCGGGAGUUCCGCCGUCGCUGCCAGGAUGGAUAGAAUGACAGAAGAUGCUCUUCGCCUGAAUCUUUUGAAGAGGAGUUUGGACCCAGCAGAUGAGCGAGAUGAUGUUCUGGCAAAACGACUGAAAAUGGAGGGGCAUGAGGCCAUGGAACGGCUGAAAAUGUUAGCACUGCUCAAAAGGAAAGAUUUGGCAAAUCUUGAGGUGCCACAUGAGUUACCUACUAAACAAGAUGGCAGUGGUGUCAAGGGUUAUGAAGAGAAACUUAAUGGAAAUCUCAGGCCUCAUGGAGACAACAGGACUGCUGGAAGGCCUGGCAAAGAAAACAUAAAUGAUGAGCCUGUGGAUAUGAGUGCUAGACGAAGUGAGCCAGACCGAGGAAGGCUAACUCCUUCCCCAGACAUAAUUGUUUUGUCUGAUAAUGAGGCCUCCAGUCCCCGAUCCAGCUCCCGGAUGGAAGAGAGACUCAAAGCAGCCAACCUAGAGAUGUUUAAGGGGAAAGGCAUGGAGGAGCGGCAGCAGCUUAUCAAGCAACUGAGGGAUGAGCUACGAUUGGAAGAAGCUCGCCUGGUGCUGCUAAAGAAACUGAGACAGAGUCAGCUACAGAAAGAGAAUGUGGUCCAAAAGACUCCAGUUGUACAGAAUGCAGCAUCUAUUGUUCAGCCAUCUCCUGCACAUGUGGGACAACAAGGCUUAUCUAAGCUUCCCUCCCGGCCCGGGGCUCAAGGGAUUGAACCUCAAAAUAUGAGAACAUUACAGGGUCACAGUGUCAUCCGUUCAGCAACCAACACCACCCUUCCACACAUGUUGAUGUCUCAACGUGUUAUUGCACCAAAUCCAGCCCAACUUCAGGGCCAGCGGGGGCCACCGAAGCCUGGCAUUGUACGCACCACAACACCUAACAUGAAUCCUGCCAUCAGCUACCAACCACAGUCAAGUUCGUCUGUUCCUUGUCAGCGCACAACGUCUUCUGCCAUCUAUAUGAACCUUGCCUCCCAUAUCCAGCCAGGGACUGUGAACAGAGUGUCCUCACCACUUCCUAGCCCCAGUGCCAUGAGUGACGCUGCCAACUCACAGGCUGCAGCCAAGUUGGCUCUUCGAAAACAGCUGGAAAAGACGCUCCUGGAGAUACCACCUCCAAAACCUCCUGCCCCCUUGCUUCACUUCCUGCCUAGUGCAGCCAAUAGCGAGUUUAUCUACAUGGUAGGCUUGGAAGAAGUGGUACAGAGUGUCAUUGACAGCCAAGGCAAAAACUGUGCCUCACUUCUGAGGGUGGAACCCUUUGUAUGUGCCCAGUGCCGCACAGAUUUCACCCCUCACUGGAAGCAAGAGAAGAAUGGUAAGAUCCUCUGUGAGCAGUGUAUGACUUCCAACCAGAAAAAGGCUCUAAAAGCUGAACACACUAACCGGCUGAAAAACGCUUUCGUUAAAGCCCUACAGCAGGAACAGGAAAUUGAACAGCGAUUACAGCAGCAGGCAGCACUCUCCCCAACGACAGCUCCAGCUGUAUCCAGUGUCAGUAAACAGGAGACCAUCAUGAGACAUCAUACACUGCGGCAGGCUCCACAGCCCCAGAGCAGCCUCCAGCGUGGUAUACCCACAUCUGCCCGAUCCAUGCUUUCAAACUUUGCACAGGCACCCCAAUUGUCUGUGCCAGGUGGCCUCCUUGGAAUGCCAGGUGUCAACAUUGCAUACUUGAACACUGGCAUCGGAGGACAUAAAGCCCCAAGUUUGGCAGACCGACAGCGUGAAUACCUUUUAGACAUGAUCCCUCCCAGGUCUAUAUCGCAGUCCAUCAGCGGGCAGAAAUAACGCCUGUUCCACUUGUACUGCCCAUCCUUGAAUCCUUUACCCAUUUCUCCCAUUGCCCCCAACUUCCGUCGCAUGCAGUGCCUGUACUGGUGCCUACCAUACACGGAAAGCAAAACCGAAAAAAAACAGAAGACAAAAAUAGACAUCAACAAGAAAACACAUGCCCUGCCCUGCCACCUCCCCUUUAUUUCACACUGCUGCGAUCUGUUCUCCUGCUGCUCUGUCUUCUCUUCGAUUUCCUUUAACAGUGAGGUGGAUCUUUGCCUCUGAUAGAGGUCAGAAUGAGGUCCUGGGGAGAAUUUAAGUCCUUUGAUGUGUGUUUCUAAAGUAUGUUUUAUGCUAUAAUUAUUAUCAUUUUUAAUUAUAUUGUGUGUUUUCCCUUUGUUCAGUAGACGGUUAACCCCAAUCUUCUGUUUUCUUUACUUCCCUACCACCCUCUGCUAACCCUCCUCCUUUUUUGAAAAAAAGUAUAUAUAUAUAUAUAUGUGUGUGUGUGUGUAUAUAUAUAUAUAUAUAUAUAUAUAAAUGAUAUACAAUUCAAUGAUCACAUGCAGAUUGCAGUGGAUCCUCAGCUGCCAAUAGGAACUAACUGAGAAUGGUAGGGACAGAUGUUGAGAGCACUUAACCGAGUUGUGGAGUGGGUAUCAUCAGACAAAGAGGAAUAACAGCCCACCUAUGGUUGGUUAGGAUCUGGAGAGUUUAGGAGGCAGUGUUAUAGUAAUGAAGUUGAGCUCUGUGACAAUGAGUAAAAGAGCCUAGAGGGAAAAGCUUAAAAACAAAAACUACCUGUUGUUUAACCAUGGGCUAAGGGGAAGAGGGGUUACAUAAGCUCACUAGUGUCCCAAAGAGGGCUGCAGCCACGUCCUGACCUCAGUGAGGACACAAAAGUCUGUUCCAGGCCAACCAUCUUGAGAUUAUCUUAUUUUCUUUGUAAAAUUGUCUCUCAUCACACCUCAUACCCUUUAACAAGUGUUCAUCUUCCUUCUAACCAUAGUCCCGGAGGAAUGGGUGUUUCCAGGCUGCAGGUGGCUGGGUAUCCUAGAAGUUGGAAUCGGUAUACGUGGAUCAUGUGACAGAAAGGGAAACUAGACAUAGAGGAGGAAGAAGAGGUUUUUCCCAGAAGUUGAGAUUCUCGCAUGUUUCUAUACCUGUACCCUCUGAGUGCUGAGAGAUAACGGGUGUAGACCCCCAAUCAGGUUGGUAUUCCACUCUGACUCUGCUACGCUGGCUGUAGAUCCAACUCCUUAGAGCCAAGCAGUUUGUCAAACCUUAGUUAUACAAGUAUUGUCCUCUCCCAAAAUUUUGUUCAUUUUNCCUUUUUUUUUUUUUUUUUUUUUGGCACUAUUAAUGUAGAGAAUAAAUUGAAUUGUGCAAUGUCGCUGUUCUGNGGUUAGGGAGGUUAACAUCCUGUUUGCCCACAGUGUGGCAAGGAGGAGGGGAGGGGACCAAGCUGUUUUUGAGGUAAGGGAAGCCUGAAAAUGAAGGGUCUUUGCUUUCCUCAGAUUGUUCAUGUAGUAAAACCUGCCUCUGCAGCCCUAGAAGCCGUCAGAGUGUACUAGGGACACUUUGAACAAAGAUGUAUGAGGAGUUUUAUAAUAUUUUGCCCUUGGGAGCCACCUGGGGAAAUUCCCUCAUUUUUAUUUUUAAAAAGUAAAUAAUUUUUUUAAAGUAAGAAGGCACUUUUAAAAUUACACACACACACAAACACACAAACUACACACCUUUCCCAUAAAAUUUAGGGUUAGGGUGGGAAAAGAAGCUAGAUCAAGCUCAAUCCCUCCACUCUGGUCUCUUCUUUCCCAAUACCCCAGUGCCGCUGUGGGUGAUUAUACUGGCCCUACGGGUCUUCCUGGUUUUUUCUUUCUUCCCUUUCCCUCAAAUGUAUUGAGCACUUAAUAAAGGAGCAGAGAUACAACUGUGUCUGGGCUCUCCCAAGUGGGAAAUGACCUGGAAGCUAGAUGCUAGUAACAAGUAGUUUGAGCAGGUCGUUUCAAGUAUUUUUCUGGGGAAUGUGGUGCCCCUGACUGUAAGUGGUGGGGGAGGGGGGCUAAUGGAGCUGGGGUUGGGAUUAUUUUAAAAUUAUAUAUAUAUAUAAAAAAUAUAUUCUUACAUCUUUUCCUUGCCCUCUGUGCUUUGAAAGCACUGAAUAAAUUGAUCUGUUUUUCUCUUCCACAAAAUUGGAAGAUUUUUUUUCUUCCAUUUUUUAAAUGUUCUUACCAGUCAUCUUGCCUUGUGGCAUGUCUGUCUAACCUCUCCCUACCCCGUGAUGAAGUGCCAUUUCUGUUAAGUCUCCCUGACCCCCAACUCAGAGGUGCUCAGAGGUACAAGGUGCCCAAGUCUGUCAGUUGAGAUUAAAAGGAACAGAGAAUGUGCAAUACCGUCCAGCUGGGGCCUGUCCUUGCCCUGAGCUAGGUCCUCUCCCUGAGAGCCAGGCCACUUUGAGUAGGGUUUGGAGGUAAGAUGUAUGGAAAUGUGGAGUGGUGGCAAGGAGAGCCUAUAGUUCAGUGCCUGUUUAGGUGCUGAGGCCAUAGGGGAGAGGGUAGGGUCUUCCCUGUUUUUAUCCCUUCAGGGUCAAUUACAUAGAAGCUGCUUAUACUAGUAUAGCUCUGCGGCCCUUUGCUCAGUCACUGAGGUUUGACUUCUCAUCCUCUUUCCCCAUCAUCAUACUCUUCCCAGGAAUUAGCAAGAGGGGUAAAAUCUUUCUUAAUCAUGGUAAAGUAUUAGCCUUCCAUCUCCUCCCUUAGGUUCUGCCCCUGUCCCCCUUUCUUUAAAGCCUCUACAUUUUACAUCACUGAUUGCCUUGUGUCCUUCCAAGACUUUUUUUGUUUUUGUUUUAUGUUUGAAUUAACUCCCAUCCUCCAGCUGUGGGCCCUUGUAGACACUAGCCCUCACGCCCUAAGGAUAGGAGGAAAGACCCUGAGUUCAGUGUCCUUUACCACUGGACUCUGACUCUCAGCUAUCAGUAGAGUGGGGAUCAAACAGUACAAUCUAGCUUCCUCUAGACCUUGAGGCACUACAAGCAGUCAUUCAUGGAUGGUGUCUUACUCCACAGCAACCUGAAAUGGGUGGAUUAGUGGCAAGGCUGGGGUAAAAUUAGGAGACAGAAGUCCUUAUUUGUCGGUUUUAUUUUGUCAGUAGACCACAGCAUCUGAACUCCCUCCAUUGCUGAAUAAGUAUUUUUCCUGCAUUAUGAGAUAUACGUAUGGUAGACAUUUCUUUUUAAAGACCCCGAGAUAAAUGUUUUCCUGCCUUGGUUACCUUUCCUUUCCCCUUUAAGAGGAAUUAGCUAUAGAACCGCUUUGUAAAGAUGCUUCUUGGUAUUUUACUUUUGUUCCUUUCCCCAACCAUUCCCACUUCCCCUUCUCUCCACAGCCCCGAUCCCACUCAUCCUAGGCUCCCUUCCUUUCCAUCAAGAUCUUCAUUAGCUUAUGAUAUUUGCUGCCGAGAUGUUAUAACAAGGACUCAUUCAUGUAUAUAAGCUAUUUCUUGAUCCAUUUAAAAGGAAUUGUACAUUGUGUAGAAAAAAAAAAAAA